GCACAAGAGCCAAAAGCUGAGACAGAGAGAGACUGAAAACGGCAGCGGCAUCUAGAAUCAGGUGCAGGCAACGAAAGGGGCGGAGCUGGAGCAGCUCACGAUAGCAGUAGCGGACGUCAUGUCGGUUCCUGCCAACAGUACGGAAGAAGUGGAUGGCAAUAUCAAGCAAUGCGUUUCCAGUCUCAAGUCUGGCACCAAUCUCUACCGCAAGCUCAUCAAGCAGGCCGGUGACUACUUGAAGAAGCUUGAGCACGUCCAUGAUGCCGAGCGAGGCCUUAUCGAAACGCUGAGUCAGAUUCAGCAAGCCUCCCCACUGUUACACGAGGUUGCCGACGACCAUCAAAUUCGUCAACACACGGAUGGCUUUCGCAUCGGCGUGCGCACGCUUCAUGAUGUUUUCGAGAGCCGAGAGGCCUUGGAGGAAGCCGUUGAUCUCAAGCUGGUCGAGGCCAUGACGCAGGAAGUGAAUGAAUUCAACGGUCGCCUCAAUGAAGUCAUCAAGACCCAGGCACAGCUUGUCAAGGACGCUGAAAAGCUCAUGGAUGAAGCGGCGAAGCGCCUUCAACCUGCACUGGCAGCCGUUUUAUUCAUGAAUCAGGCUGCUGUUGGCGUUCAGCGCCAUCGACAGCAGAUCAGCAACCUGAUCAAAACAUACGGCCCGCUGGUAGAUCUCACCGAAGGCUACGACGAAGAUGAGCUAGUACCCGCUGUCGAAGCGCCGCGCAUACCCCGCCGCAAUACACGGGCUGAUGCCGCAGGUGCUGAGGAUGAGGACGAAGAUGAGGAUGAAGAACCUACGCAAGGCCGUAGCUUUCGCGGACACGGCUCAGCUCGGCGUCAGGGCAGCUAUCGUGUUGCGGGCACCCGCCCGGCGGGUAUUGGUGCCGAGGAAGAAGACGAUGAUGACGACGAUGAACCCGAAGAACGACGCUCGCAGGCACAACCAGCUACGGCAGCGUUUGAUGAUGGCCAUGAACCGCUGCACCGGGAGGCAGAUUCCCCUCUACCAGACACUCGCAUGCCGCGUGGGUCGGCAUCUCGCGAAGCCCUCUUCGUGAGCGCCGAAGACCGCGCACCGGCCCGUGAUAGCUGGCUUCCACCAUCAGCCCGCGAGCCCGCUGCGCGUGAUGACCGACGCGCACCUGCCGCUGAUCACCGACGUCGUGAUCCUUACUCAGAUCGUCGCAGCGCAGACCAAUACACGCGCGAUGUGUACCCACCCGCUCAGUCGCGACGCGCGCAGGCCUAUCCUGAUGUGUCCCUGCCUCGAGACUAUGAGGAUGAUCCCAACGACUUUGAUGGAUAUCGCUUGGUGUCCGAAGAGCGGACUGCUGGAGGUCCGCGCUACGACCAAGAUCCUCACCCUCGCGCGCAGUCUGCGCCAUAUGGUCGAGGUCCUUCUCGGGCUACUGAUGGCUAUGAGUACUAUGCACAAGAGGCGCCCGUGCGACGACGUCACCGCGACGAAGGCGAUGAUGCUGAGGCCCGCCGCUUGCGUCGUGAGCGCCGUGUGUCGCAAUACGAGUUUGAAAGGCAAAUUUACAAGGCCCGCUACGCUUUCCAAGCGGGCGGUAACAACCAAAUCAGCAUGGCAAAGGUCGUGAGCUCGACGCUAGAUCACUGUACCGACAACGACCUGUCCACUGAUGUACUACAGGCCCUCACGUUGGACGAGCCUCCAUUGCUCAAACUUAUCCAGGCGGCUCAUGAACUGCUGCAGCCUGCCACUCCUAAUCAGCUGGGGGAGCAAACGCAUCAGCGCAUCUUACAACAAGCUGUCUGCGAGCACCUGCAAAAGUCCUACCGCCUCUACGACACUUAUCACGUCGACUUGCCUCUGGCCCUGCUCCACCUCUUCAAGCUUCGUCAAACCUAUCACGCCGCUUGCAGCCAAUCCUUGCUACAGCUCCUGCCGGACAUUGAAAACGCCACUUUGGCGCUCAAUGAAGCCAAAGCAGCAGCUCAGCGGCGCCAGGCACUGCUUGUGUCACUCACUGCGGACUUGCAACAGCAGGAGGCCACGACUUGGCUGGAGCAGCUGCCAGGAUCCCAUUUUGCAUACAUUGCCGAUGUGCUCAACAAGCCCGGAAAUGACGCUUGUGCGGACUGUGCCUCGCCCAAACCCAUGGUGGCGCUCUGCGAUCUGGGCAUUCUUGUGUGUACCGGGUGUGCCGAGCUACACCGACAGCUCUGCCUCGCGGCGCGACCUUCGUUCAUCGGGUCGACACCGUCCACACCCACUCCCGCCAAUCCCAAUCCUACGGUGCUUCCCGAUCACCAGGGCCGUGUCUUGAUGGCAGCGCACGGUGAUGCCAUCAUGCACCUGCCAACUGUGGCCAACAUGCACUUGGCUGACGUCGUGCAGCUUCAGCACAUUGGCAACGUCGCGUUUAAUGAAGUGUUUGAAGCCCGCCAUGCUGAGGCCGAGCGCGCGCGUCAGGCCGCUGUGGGCCUGGCCGCAGACAUGCUCCUCUUUCUUCAAGACAAAUACGUCGAUCUGGUUUUUGCCGAGCCGCCCAACAAGUCAGACGCAAAGCGACAUUUGCAGGCGUUGGUGCAGAGCGAUCAAGGUCGGACUCUCACCAGUUACCAGCUAUUGCAGGAUCUUGUUCUGCCAGGCUUGCAGCGCGACCCCGUUGCAGAAGCCAGUCUCGUGGCGGCUGCUGCCUCAGACAACCUCCUCGCUGUGGAUUUUAUGCUGCGCAAUGGCGUCAACGUACAGGCAGUGGUAGAUGGCCGCACGGCAUUGCAUGCAGCAGCUGCUGCUGGCCAUGUGACAAUGUUGCGUCUUCUAUUGCGCCGCAAUGCCAUGUUGACCGCCAUCAACGACCGAAAUUUAACGCCGCUGCUUGAGGCCCAGGCGCGACAGCAAGUGUCGGCUACCUACCUGUUGACUGCAGCCGCCGAUGGUCUGCUUCCCCAGAUUCUUUCGCAGCCGAUCGACUUUACGAGGCAGCACUUGAUGGAUGGGUUGGGCCUGCCGGGUCGCGACUCUCCGUCCACGGCUGAGGGAUCUGCGCAAAGCUCCUGGGCUCCCACGCCAAUCACCUCGCCCCAAGUCAACGAACUUCGCUCUGGGGCUGUGGCUGGCAGAGCUCAUCCGUCGGGCCAGACUGCCACGCCCCCCACGUUCUCACCGCCCCAGCCUCGCGAUGUCACGGCGGCGACCCUCGAACCGGCUGGCGGUCCCGUUUCGACGCGCCCAUUAACAGGUCAGCGUGCUCGCCAUCACGUUUACGCUGAGAUCAAUGAAGCCGACAUCACAUCAAUUCCUCUGCCCACCCCGCGUCCAUCCCGGCCUGCUCCACCCCCGCCGCCCAUGGCCGCUUCCCGACCCAGCACUGCACCUGUGCGUUCGUCAUCAACUGCACCCUUGGAACGUGCGAUGAGCGAUGUGCGCCUAGGUGGCCGAGGCGCGGUCUUGUUGACCACCGUGGGCGAGCCACUCGGAGACUUGGAUGAUCUUUCGGCCCUGCCACCUCCCCCAGACGAAUUGCUGCAGGGCGAUGCGACCUCCGUGCCUACGCCAGAGGCCCAACCGGACCCGCGGUUACUUCAAGAACCCGUCACUUCGAGAUCUCAUGAAGAUCAAGCGACUGCAGCUGAGGACACGCUGUAUGACAAUCAAGUGUCUGUGGAACCGCCAACUCCCACCCGGAAGCUAGCACCUCCGCCUCGUCGCGUGAGCGUACGAACACGGACUCGCUCAGGGUCUACGGAGCCGACGAUCAUUGAUGUUCCGUCCACAGCCUCUCAGAUCAGUUUUGCAGUGGAAAGGCAAGCAGGAGAGGUUGUAUCCGUUCGUCACCUGCCGGAUCCUGGCUCCGAGCCGGAAUGCUGA